AAAGGUGAGAAUGAUUUUCCAUCGACUUAUUUGAACUGUAGAAUCACAGGACAAGGUUCUUCUCUCCAGUCUGCAAAGCUGAGCUCUUUUGUGCACUACAGAUCCCUGUGUGGAUAGAUGCACAGACCUUCCAAGAUGGCAAUGGAAAUUCUUCUGGGCAGAAUGAGGGCAAAGUGUGUAACCUCUCCAGAGCGUGGGUGCUGCAAUGUAAUCUUUGCAGUGAUUGCUACUCAACAACACACCUAUUACAUGCACAAUGGUUUUUGGAACAAUUUUCCACAGUCCUGGACAAGAUGAGGAAGUUGUCAACUUAAACGUUGGGGGGUUUAAGCAGACAGUUGAUCAAAGCACCCUUCUGCGAUUUCCCCACACCAGACUGGGCAAACUACUCAGAUGCCACUCUGAAGAAGCCAUCCUAGAACUGUGCGACGAUUACAGUGUGGCUGAGAAGGAGUAUUAUUUCGAUAGGAAUCCAUCCUUAUUCAGAUACGUCUUGAACUUUUACUACACGGGCAAAAUUCAUGUCAUGGAGGAACUCUGUGUGUUCUCUUUCUGCCAGGAGAUAGAGUACUGGGGGAUCAAUGAACUUUUUAUCGAUUCCUGCUGCAGUAACAGAUAUCAGGAAAGAAAGGAAGAAAACUCGGAUAAGGACUGGGAUCAGAAAAGCAAUGAAACCAACAGUGACUCUUCCUAUGAAGAGUCCUCCAUAUUUGAGAAAGAACUGGAGAAAUUUGAUAAGCUGCGAUUUGGGGAACUUCGCAAGAAAAUCUGGGUCCGGAUGGAAAAUCCUGCCUAUUCAUUAUCGGCCAAGUUGAUUGCAAUCUCCUCCCUGAGUGUCGUCCUGGCCUCCAUAGUGGCCAUGUGCAUCCACAGCAUGCCAGAGUUCCAGAGGCGGGACACGAAUGACCGGGAGAUGGAAGAUCCCAUCCUGGAAGCAGUGGAAAUCGCAUGCAUCGUCUGGUUCACGGGCGAGCUAGCCAUAAGAUUAGUCGCCGCCCCGUGUCAAAAGAAGUUCUGGAAAAAGCCAUUGAACAUUAUAGAUUUCGUAUCCAUCAUUCCAUUCUAUGCCACUCUGGCCGUGGACAGGAAGGAGGAAGAGAGUGAAGAUAUUGAGAACAUGGGAAAAGUGGUCCAGAUUCUGCGACUCAUGAGGAUAUUCCGCAUCUUGAAACUGGCCAGGCACUCAGUGGGCCUGCGAUCUCUUGGCGCCACUCUGAGGCACAGUUACCACGAGGUUGGGCUGCUGCUUUUAUUCCUGGCUGUGGGUAUUUCCAUUUUCUCGGUGCUUGUCUACUCUGUGGAAAAGGAUGACCAGACUUCAGAACUCAGCAGCAUUCCAAUCUGUUGGUGGUGGGCGACAAUCAGCAUGACCACUGUGGGCUAUGGGGACACGUAUCCGGUCACCUUAGCGGGGAAGCUCAUUGGGAGCGUUUGCAUCAUUUGCGGGAUACUGGUGGUAGCCCUCCCAAUCACCAUCAUCUUCAAUAAGUUUUCCAAAUACUACCAAAAACAGAAGGAUAUGGAUGGGGAUCAGAACUGUGAUGAACACCAAGAGAAAUGCAAUGAGAUGCCUUAUUUUAACAUUAGGGAUAUUUAUGCAAGACGGAUGCACUCCUUCAUUUCCAGCCUAUCGUCUGUGGGAAUUGUUGCAAGUGAUCAAGAUUCCACCGACGCCUCGAGCAUUGAAGAUAUGGAAGACAUUCACAACGCAGCUUCUUUGGAGAGUGGGGCAGCAAAAUGAGCAGGCUCCAUUUCUCAUCUUCCAUUUCUCCUUUCAGACGUUGGGUUAAUACAGCUUUAUUGAUGUCCGUGGAUUGGUUCAGAUUGCUUAAAACUCAGGGGGUACCUAUCAGCCAUAGGUGGACAUUCGUUGCUUUAAAAUUGUACUACAGCCAUGAGGGUUGAUCAUUUGCCUCACCCAGCAAUUUAUUUUUUAUGUGACUAGUGUUAUGUAGUCUUGGGGUGGGGGAGGGUGUGGAGGGGAGAGAAAUGCUAUUAAAUGCAGUAUUUGCUACUGCAGCUUAUACGCCACUAUGUGUGUGUGUAAUUUACUCCUGCAUUGAUAACUGUAAAUUACCGACAUGUAGAAUAAAAGGCAUAAUAAAAUGAUGGCCAUACAUGCAUGUAGACCCACGAGAGAGUGAACAAAAUGAAAAGAGCUCUGGGAAAAAUGCAUGUAAAUUUAUUUUUACUUGCUAAAUAUGGAAAUUAGGAACCAAAUAAACUUCCUAAUUGAGAAUGGGCAA